AAAAAAAAAAAUAUAUAAAACAAAAUUAAUAUAAUUGCUUUUUAACAGUUACGUGAGGACGAGGGAAAUAUUUAGGUAUUUGGCCAAUACAUUGCGUAUCAUAAUUUGCGCUCUUAUAGUCUUCACUUGGAACUGACACAUUCGGCUGUAAAUAAAUUUGGGAACUGGCCAGUUCUUUUGUCAUCAUGACUACUUUGCAAUCAGAAGAUUGUCAAACUAAUGACCUAAAUGACUCGUUUCCGAUGGCUAUUGAAUCGUUGCGUUUCCCAUUAGAUAAUUCAAUGCGAAUUGUGUUUACUGGAUAUUUCAACGGAUUCAGUGUAGAAGUGAGGUCUAUAGAAGAGAUUGCUCUGCUGUAUCAUAUGGGAUGUUUUGGCAAAGGCUCAGCAUCGCGCUCGCAACCGAAAGUUUCGCAAAAUGACAACAGCCCGCGUAUUAUGAGAAAGAGACAAAUAUUAAAACGUAAUUAUUGGUUCAAAAAAUUUGGUGGUCUGAAGGUUACUGCUGAAGCAGACAACUUUAUGAAAGAUAUUGAUGCAUUGACUAAUAAAAUUAUCGGCGACAGUGUAAGAAAAUCACAGAAAGAUGUCAUCGAUUUGGUAUCCAGUGAUGAUGACGAUGAUGAUGGUGCAGACACUAAUUCAACACAUAGCUCUGAACGAUUUCAUACUCAUGAUAAAGGGGAUAUAGUUGUAACAGUCCCAAACAGUGAUUCUGAAGAAGAAAACUAUUUUGCAAACAUGAAACCGAAAUGCUGUAUUAAUAAAAUUAAAAUACAAGAAAAGCUCAUGCUGACUCUACAAGAAGCAUUUUUCCUUCAGUAUGGCUUGGGGUGCUUACAAAUAGUGAACCUGGACAAUACUUUGUUAAGCAUAGAGAAAUGUUGGGAACUUUUUACAAUUGUGGAUAGAAGUUUUGUUAAAAAGUAUGUUGUUUAUCACUACUAUAGAUCUAAAGGCUAUGUUGUAAAACCAGGAAUCAAGUUUGGUGGAGAUUAUUUGAUUUAUAAGGAUGGUCCUGGUGUAUCUCAUGCUGAUUUCAUAGUUGUCAUAAAGUCUGAAACCGAAGAAGAUAACUGGAUUGUGACGCUUGGUCAUGUUAGAAUGGCUAAUACAACAGUGAAGGAAAUAUUACUUAUAGAAGUUAUUGAACCUACUGGCUGUACUAAUCUACCAGAGGAUUUGAAACUCUUUAGGGUGCGAGAGUUAUUAUUAAAUAGAAAUCUACCAGUAGCAAUAAAUGAAGAUGACUAACUUGA